ACCACUGUGACGGGACGUCCCCACAUUCCCCGUGGUCUCUCCUCACCAUGUUUCCUCUGCCGCUUCUCAGUCUGCUUUUCAUCUCAAACCCGGGACUCGAGCCACCAGCGGAGAAGAAAAAGAAGGAGGUGGAGACGGACAGUCAGAGAGCGGAGAGGGCUAAGAGUAAAUAUGACAUGAUAUUCAGCAGAGGAGACCUCCUGGAGGUCCCCAGGACUCUGUUCAUACACUUUGGGAUUUACCUGGGUGGGGGCAGAGUAGCUCAUUUCAUCCCAGACAUCAUGCCCGUCAUCUCCAGUGACCAGUAUCAAAUCAAACAGAUGGUCACCAACACCAGACUCCUACUGGGAGUACUGGCCAAGUGUGGCAGUGUGAGAAUGGACUCAGUCGAGGACUUUGCCUACGGAGCAGACAUACGGAUCAAUCCUAUGGACAAGGUACUAAGCCAUAUAGUGCUGAAGGGGGAGGAGGUGGCCAGAAGGGCGGAGAAACUGCAGGGAGACGUGUCCUACAGCCUGCUGUGGUACAACUGCGAACACUUCGUCAUGUACUGCCGAUACGGCACAGUCAUGAGCUUCCAAACUUUUCAGUUUUGUAAGACGAUGAGAAAGCUGCUGCUGAGUCGGCGUGUGGCCAAGGCAGCGGCGGUGCUCGCGGUGUGUCUGCUGCUUUACCUGCAGACUGUGAGUGUGUACUUCGCCCUGCUGGCUGUUUUACUGCCUUUCCUCAUCUGGAUGGCCUCAUGAAGAAAAACCUGCCACUCAAACUUGAAAAAGUUUGUACUUGAAGAAAAAAAUAAUGUAAAAGGAAAGCAAAUAAAAUGUUUU